AAAAUUACCCUGGGUUUUUUCUUUUAUAGGGCUCUAUGGAGCAAGUCAGUUCUCAUUUCUUGGAGCAGACCCUUGACAAGAAGCUGAUGUCAGAUCUGAGGAGGAAACGUACUGCACACGAGCGUGCCAAGGAACUGUACAGUUCAGGGGAGUUUUCCAGCGGCAGGAAGUGGGGAGAUGAUGCUCCCAAGGAAGAAGUAGAUACUGGCGCUGUGAACUUGAUUGAGUCGGGAGCUUGUGGAGCUUUUGUUCAUGGUUUGGAAGAUGAGAUGUAUGAGGUCCGUAUUGCUGCUGUGGAGGCUCUCUGCAUGCUGGCCCAAUCUUCACCCUCUUUUGCUGAGAAGUGUCUUGAUUUUCUGGUUGACAUGUUUAAUGAUGAAAUUGAGGAAGUACGUCUGCAGUCCAUACAUACUAUGAGAAAAAUCUCUAACAAUAUCACCCUCCGAGAAGAUCAGCUUGACACUGUUCUGGCUGUGCUAGAGGAUUCAUCCAGAGAUAUUAGAGAGGCUCUUCAUGAACUCUUAUGCUGUACUAAUGUUUCAACCAAGGAAGGGAUUCAUCUUGCAUUGGUGGAACUGCUGAAAAAUUUAGCCAAGUACCCUACUGACAGGGACUCCAUAUGGAAGUGCUUGAAGUUUCUGGGAAGUCGGCAUCCAACCCUGGUACUUCCUUUGGUGCCAGAGCUUCUGAGCACCCACCCAUUUUUUGACACAGCUGAACCGGACAUGGAUGAUCCAGCUUAUAUUGCAGUUUUGGUUCUUAUUUUCAAUGCUGCUAAAACCUGUCCAACCAUGCCAGCAUUGUUCUCAGAUCACACCUUCAGGCACUAUGCCUACCUCAGAGACAGUCUUUCUCAUCUUGUUCCUGCCUUGAGGUUACCAGGUAGAAAACUGGUGUCAUCAGCCGUUUCUCCCAACAUCACGCCUCAGGAGGAUCCUUCCCAGCAGUUCCUACAGCAGAGCCUUGAAAGAGUUUAUAGUCUUCAGCACCUGGAUCCUCAGGGAGCCCAGGAGCUGCUAGAAUUCACCAUCAGGGAUCUGCAAAGACUUGGAGAACUUCAGUCUGAAUUGGCAGGAGUAGCUGACUUCUCUGCUGCUUAUCUUCGGUGUCAACUACUUCUCAUCAAGGCCUUACAGGAAAAGCUGUGGAAUGUAGCUGCCCCUUUGUAUUUGAGGCAGAGUGAUUUGGCCUCAGCAGCAGCAAAACAGAUCAUGGAAGAGACCUACAAAAUGGAGUUCAUGUACAGUGGUGUGGAGAAUAAGCAGGUGGUGAUUAUACAUCACAUGAGGCUGCAGGCUAAAGCUUUGCAACUUAUAGUAACGGCACGAACUACUCGAGGAGUUGACCCCUUAUUUGGGAUGUGUGAAAAAUUUUUACAGGAAGUGGACUUUUUUCAGAGGUGUUUCAUCGCUGAUUUGCCCCACAUGCAAGACAGCUUUGUGGACAAACUUCUUGACCUUAUGCCCCGACUCAUGACAUCCAAACCUGCAGAAGUUGUCAAAAUUCUACAGACCAUGCUGCGGCAGAGUACCUUCCUGCACCUACCCCUUCCAGAGCAGAUCCACAAAGCCUCAGCUACCAUCAUUGAGCCAGCGGGCGAGUCAGACAACCCCUUGCGGUUUACAUCUGGUUUGGUGGUGGCCCUGGAUGUUGAUGCAACCCUAGAACAUGUGCAGGAUCCUCAGAGCACUGUGAAGGUCCAGGUCUUAUAUCCAGAUGGCCAGGCUCAGAUGAUCCACCCUAAACCAGCAGACUUUCGGAAUCCUGGCCCUGGGCGGCACCGGCUCAUCACUCAGGUGUACCUCUCCCACACUGCCUGGACAGAACCAUGCCAGGUGGAAGUGAGGCUGCUGUUGGCCUACAACUCCAAUGCUCGCAUUCCAAAAUUCUCCUGGAUCGAGGGUGGCGAGGUGUCACCCCAGGUGGAAACCAGCAUCGAGGGCACCAUCCCCUUCAGCAAGCCUGUAAAAGUUUACAUAAUGCCCAAACCUGCAAGGCGCUGAAUCAAAAGCAAUCUGUACAGCCAUGGCCUAGAAGGCCCUUCUUAGGUUCACAAAUGCAAACCCCUAAAGAAGGUAGGCAGAAAAAGCAAAGAACUAACAUGGCCAAGAAGAAGAUAAUACAGACUGAAGAAUGAUAGAGCACAUUGUCUAUCAGAGAAGGCAGUCACUAUUCCAUGCCACUCAAUUAUUUUAAUUUAUAAGUGUGGGCCUGAUCUGUUAGACCUUCCCAUUCUUCCAAAAAAGACAGAAAUCUGCAUUUUCAUGUAAAAAUACCCAAUUAAAAAAUCUUGGUAACUAAAGUCAAGGUUAAAAUUACUGAGAAAACACAUCUUCAGGUAGAUGUGUGUCCAUUUGCAACUUCUAUGUGAUCACUAUAUGUUUACAUGUCUAUUUUUUCCAACUAAUCUAUACCUGGACAAUAAGAAUGUCUGUGUUUUUGUAUCCCCAGCACAACUCCCGCCACACACCAGGCAGGGAAAGAAAGAGUAUAUGAAUCCAGAGCAAACUUUGCAGUACCUGGCUUGCAAGCCCUGAGAUUUAAGUUUCUGAAAGGACUUUGUGUUUUCUUUGACAUUGAGUUCAGCAAACUGCAUUAUGGAGAAGAAAGGUACACACAUAGCACUUCUUGUCUUAGGAACCACUUACAUUAGAAGGAAUUAAGUGUGGGCCGAUUGAGGGCUAUACAACCUAAAAACUGAAUCCAAAGGAUUUAAUGAUUAAUACAGGCCGGGCGUGGUGGCUCACACCUGUAAUCCUAGCACUCGGGGAGUCUGAGGCGGGUGGAUUGCUCUA